CUCCGGCCGGCGGUAAGUGUUACGCUGGCUGGACCAACGGCUCGUGUCGCUGGGGGCACGCAGCCGCGGGAACCUGGCGUCUGUCUACUCUUUCAGUUUCUGCCGCGGGGCGCUAGUCCCGGCUGAGGAGGGAGCCUUGACUACCUCUGCCUGGCUUUAUUCAUGUUCUGAGGAGGGAGUGAGAAGGAGCCAUGGAUCCUGCAGCAUUGGUGGAAGCCAUCGUGGAAGAAGUGGCCUGUCCCAUCUGCAUGACCUUUCUGAGGGAGCCUGUGAGCAUCGACUGUGGUCACAGCUUCUGCCACGGCUGUCUCUCUGGACUCUGGGAGGUUCCAGGAGAAUCCCAGAACUGGGGUUACAGCUGUCCCCUCUGCCGGGCUCCUGUCCAGCCAAGGAACCUGCGGCCUAAUUGGCAGCUGGCCAAUGUUGUAGAAAAAGUUCGUCUGCUAGGGCUGCAUCCAGGAAUGGGGCUAAAGGGUGAUGUGUGUGAGCUUCACAGGGAACAGCUAAAGAUGUUCUGCAAAGUGGAUGGCCUGAUCAUGUGUGAGGCCUGCAGCCAGUCCCCUGAACAUGAGGACCACAGUGUUGUGCCUAUGGAGGAUGCCACCUGGGAGUAUAAGUGGAAACUCCACGAGGCUUUGGAGCAUCUGAAAAAAGAGCAAGAUGAGGCCUGGAAGCUGGAAGUUGGUGAGAGGAAGCGAACUGCCAGCUGGAAGAUCCAGGUAGAAACCCGAAAGCAGAGUAUCAUGUGGGAGUUUGAGAAAUACCGGCGAUUAUUAAAGAAAAAACAGCCACCAGGUCGGCAACUGGAGGUAGAAGCAGCUGCAGCCCUCACCAGCCUAGAGCAAGAAGAGGGGGAGACCGUGCAAAAACUGGAGCAGAAUCGUAAUGAGCUCAUCCAGCAGAGUCGGGUGCUGUGGGGGAUGAUUGCAGAGCUGGAAGAGAGGUCUCAGAGGCCUGUCCGCUGGAUGCUGCAGGGUAUUCAGGAAGUCUUAAACAGGAGCAAGUCUUGGAGCCUACAGCGACCAGAACCAGUCUCCCUCGAGCUAAGGACAGAUUGCCGUGUGCCGGGGCUAAGAGAGAUUUUGAAGACAUACGCAGCUGAUGUGCGCCUGGAUCCAGACACUGCUUAUUCCCGUCUCAUUGUGUCUGAGGACAGAAAAUGCGUGCUCUAUGGAGAUACCAAGCAGAAACUGCCCGACAAUCCUGAGAGAUUCUACCGCUACAAUAUCGUCCUGGGCAGCCAGUGCAUCUCCUCAGGCCGGCACUACUGGGAGGUGGAAGUGGGAGACAGGUCAGAAUGGGGCCUGGGAGUGUGCAAGGAAAAUGUAGACCGGAAGGAGGUGGUCUAUUUAUCCCCCCACUAUGGAUUCUGGGUGAUAAGGCUGCGGAAGGGAAAUGAGUACCGAGCAGGCACUGAUGAAUACCCCCUCCUGUCCUUGCUGGUCCCUCCCCGCCGGGUGGGGAUCUUCCUGGAUUAUGAGGCCCAUGAUAUCUCUUUCUAUAAUGUGACUGACAAUGGCUCCCACAUUUUCACUUUCCCCCACUAUCCCUUCCCUGGGCGUCUCCUGCCCUACUUUAGUCCUUGCUAUAGCAUUGGAGCUAACAACACGGCUCCUCUGACCAUCUGCUCCCUGGAUGAGGAGGACUAACUGAGCCACCAUCCUAGCCAGAGUCCUUAGAGUUUUGCCUGGCCCACAGGGGUUUUGGUGAACCUGGCCUCUGACACAGAUGCCCUUGAACUAAGCUGAGCCUAGGAUCCAGGGAGUCCUUUGCCUGGCUCAGUGGUCUGUUGCUACUUGGCCAAAGUCACUCAUCUGAAAAAGUUGAGGCUCAGUCAAAUGAGCAUGACACCCCCGUGAGGGAAGUAUGACAGGGCUGAGGGUGAGGAUCAGAGCAGUUGUAAGAUAACCUGUUGGUGUUAAGAUUCAGGACUUUGUCCUGUCUGUAGCUCAUGCUCUUCUUCCCUGGUCUUCAUUGGUGCCAUAAUUAAGUCAGCGAGGGUUAUGAAGUAGAUCCAGCCUUCAGGAAACCUUUUGUGUGGGAUUUACCAAAAAGCCAAAAGAUAGUUGUCCGUAUCCAGAGCCAUAUCCAGAGCUGGUUGCUGUGCUAAUACCAGUAGAGGAUGCUUUGCCUGAGGUUUGCUGCUACUGAGCAACCCAUAUUUGACCCCAGCUCUCUGACCUCCUAACUAGAGAAAUGCAUUGCAACACUGCCCAGGCCACGCCUCUCUGAGCACAAGCUGGGAAAAUCACCGUAUCUCAGACUCUAAGGAGAGGUAGGUCCUGGUCCUGCCCUUUUCUCUGACUCUCAGGAUCAGAAAACCUGUGAGCCUUGUUUUUACUUUCACUUCAUGGAUGGAGAAACUGAAAUGGCCUUAAUGCAGCAAGUAACUUCUCACAAAACUGUUGAAAGAAGAUUGUAAAGAUUAUAAAGUAUCUCUCACAUUCGAAUGAAACGAGAUUGACAAACUCACUUCCGAGGUCACAUGCCUGCAUAUCAUUCAUUACAUCUGGAUCUGAAACAUCCCACAUGUCUGAAAGAUUGUAAGUGUCCUCAAUGGGAAAAUGGGUAUAGUAAUUGCAUACUCUCCUACCUCACAGGAUUGUUGUGACGAUCUCCGAUCCAUCCUAUACUUUUGUUCCUUUCUCAGGGACAGAGGAAGGCAAGCCACAGAUUCCGCCUGUAGUAGCCUUCCUGCCUCACCUUCUUAACAGCCAGCAUCUUUACAGCAGUGUGUUUGUUCCUUAGAGCGUCUCCUGACAAUCUCAGCCCGUUAGACAGAAAGGUGCCCAUGCCAGUGCCAAACUCUGGGCCACAGUAAUAUGUCGUGCAUCUAUUAUGUGUUUGUAUUUGGAUUAUAAUGGGGACUGUGACAUCAGGGUACAGAAUGGAAAUAAUGAAAAGAAAAAUGCAAAACGUACACUAGAAAGAAGGCUCAGCCACAAGCUAGUUGGGCUAAAGUUUGGAUCUUUUUCUGUCACCAGUGGAAUCUUCAUGGCUCUGGUAACUACAUAAUAUUAUGCCUUUCUCUUCUCUAAAUCUAUGACAGAAGGAGAAAAGUAGGAGGUAAUUGUGGGGGAAAAAAUAGGAUGAGGCACAAAAAGCCAGCUCUGGAGCCAUAAGUUAUAAUGAAAGGGAAUGAAACUAUAUGUCUGGGCUGUUGACCUUAGCAUGACGUGUGUGGCAAAAAUAGCUCAUUAUGGGGCUUAGGAAUAUGAUGUGGGAAUGCUUGUGCCUGGAAACCAACUGCAAGGCAAAUGUGUAGAAACUAUUGACCCUGCCUAUAGCAAGGGACCAUGAUGUAUGUGUACAUCACAUGUUGUUGCCAUGAUGCUGUAGAAGUCGAUGUCUGAUAUAGUUUAAGUUUGAAGGAAUUGACUGUUGAGUCAGGAUUGGGCAGCAAAGUAGACAGCAGGUCAGGUAUAGGCAGAAGUAAAGUAAUUCCUGUAAUAAAGAGUAGCAGAAAUUGUCUUUGUACUUUCAUUUUAUUGGGUGCUCAUGUGCGGAUGAGGUAAAACAGGCUAAAAUGGAGAAAUAAACUCAUAUUCUGCCCACCAUGCUUCCAAGUCACUCCUCAAGCAUUAGCAGAAGGGGAGAAGUUUCCAUUCUCUGCUUGGAGAGGAAUGAACUAGUAAGUCACAGACCUGGUCUUGGCAAAGGGUUGAGCAGACCUCGUUAAACAGACCAUGUCUUUGUAUAGGAGGAAUCCCUGGGGAAUUGUUUAUAGGCUUGAGAAAUAGAUUUUUAGAAAGUGCUUCCAGUAACAUCCAUGGAUACUUAGCAUAAGAGGAUAGGAACCAAACCAGUGCUGUUCUUUUACUAUGGUUUUAUUAGGACAAACCCUGGAAGUCUCUUAGAAAAAGGAUUAUUAGGAGGUAAAUUCAUUCAAACCUAGAGUGAAUUAAGUAAUGGAAUGGCUUCAUUGGUAACACGCUGUUUUAGGUAGGGUUUUGUUUUUGUUUUUUUUGGUUGCUUGUCAGAAGUAUAAGGUUAGAUACAUUGUUUAUUUCAUACUGUCUGAUUUUUAAGACCAGGCAAGAAUAUUGAAGUUCUUAAGUGUAUGAAACCCUUUCAUCUAGGGCUGUUGCUUACUUCCUUUCUAAGAACCCUGUGAAGACCAGAACCUUGUUUGUCUAGUUCACCAUUACAGCCCAGUCUUGGCACCAUGUGUGGGUGUGUGAGUGUGGGUGUGUGAGUGUGUAAAUACUUAAGUGAGGGUACUUUCAUUCAUAUGCCUAGAAUCAAAACACAAAAAUAAAAGUAAGCUCUUCUUAUUUCAUAGGGGUAUGAACAACUAGAUGGUACUUAACUAUAAUUCUGUUAAAAAAAAUAAUUCAAAAAUAGUUACAAAAGGGGUCUAGAGGGAAGAAGCAAGUGGCCACACUGAGUGUAGAGUGCCUGUACCACUCUCCUCCAGCUUUGUGAGAUCAUUCACUACAAGACACGAAUGAGCUUUGCCCACCCUUAUUUUACUAGCAGAGAAACCAAGGAGUGCAAUGCCUGAGGCUUGAGGCAAAAGGCUAUUAAUGGGGAAAAUACGUAGGUCCUGCAUAGAGACAGGGAAAAUCCUUGCACUCCCUACAGGAAAUUCAGUCUCCCGUUUUUCAAACAGGAAUUUUUUUUUUUUUAAUUUACAUCCAAGUUAGUUAGCAUAUAGUGCAACAAUGAUUUCAGGAGUAGAUUCCUUAAUGCCCCUUACCCAUUUAGCCCAUGCCCUUCCCACAACCCCUCCAGUAACCCUCUGUUUGUUCUCCAUAUUUAAGAGUCUCAUAUGUUUUGUCCCACUCCAUUUUUAUAUUAUUUUUGCUUCCCUUCUCUUAUGUUCAUCUGUUUUGUAUCUUAAAGUCCUCAUAUGAGUGAAGCCAUAUGAUAUUUGUCUUUCUCUGAGUAAUUUUGCUUAGAGUAAUACCCUCUAGUUCCAUCCACGUAGUUGCAAAUUGCAGGGUUUCAUUCUUUUUGAUUGCCGAGUAAUACUCCUUUUGUGUGUGUGUGUGUGUGUGUGUGUGUGUGUGUGUGUGUGUGUGUGUAUCACAUCUUCACUCAUCCAUUGAUGGAUAUUUGGGCUCUUUCCAUACUUUGGCUAUUGUUGAUAGUGCUGCUAUAAACAUUGGGGUGCACAUGCCCCUUCGAAACAGCAUACCUGUAUCCCUUGGAUAAAUACCUAGUAGUGCAAUUGCUGGGUCAUAGGGUAGUUUUAUUUUUAAUUUUCUCAGGAACCUCCAUCCUGUUUUCCAGAGUGGCUGCACCAGUUUGCAUUCCCACCAGCAGUGCAAAAGAGAUCCUCUUUCUCCACAUCCUUGCCAACAUUUGUUGUUGCCUGAGUUGUUAUUGUUAGCCAUUCUGAGAGGUGUGAGGUGGUAUAUCAUUGUGAUUUUGAUUUGUAUUUCCCUGAUGAUGAGUGAUGUUAAGCAUUUUUUCAUGUGUCAGUUGGCCAUCUGGAUGUCCUCUUUGGAGAAGUGUCUAUUCAUUUCUUUUGCCCAUUUCUUCACUGGAUUAUUUGUUUUUCAGGUGUAGAGUUUGAUAAGUUCUUUAUAGAUUUUGGAUACUAAUCCUUUAUCUGAUAGGUCAUUUGCAAAUAUCUUCUCCCAUUCCGUCAGUUGCCUUUUAGUUUUGCUGAUUGUUUCCUUUGCUGUGCAGAAAGAAGCUUUUUAUUUUGAGGAGGUCCCAGUAUUUCAUUUUUGCUUUUGUUUCCCUUGCCUCUGGUGAUGUGUUGAGUAAGAAGUUACUGCGGCCAAGGUCAAAGAGGUUUUUGCCUGCUUUCUCCUCAAGGAUUUUGAUGGCUUCCUGUGUUACAUUUAGGUCUUUCAUCCAUUUUGAGUUUAUUUUUGUGUAUGGUGUAAGAAAGUGGUCCAGGUUCAUUCUUCUGCAUGUCACUGUCCAGUCUUCCCAGCACCACUUGUGGAAGAGACUGUCUUUAUUCCAUUAGACAGUCUUUCCUGCUUUGU